AUGUUCGCAGCACUGAGCUUUCUUGCCCUUGCCACCCUUGCUUCUUCUCAUGGGGAUAAGAAGCAGACCCCCAUGGCAGGUCCCCAUCAGGGAUUGUGGUACAACACUCUCCCAGGAGAUGGUGGCACCCAGGCAGAUUCAGUCUUCUCUGGCAUCUCAACAUUUGGAAGACUACCUUAUUUUCCUUGCUUAUCCAGCGAGGCAGAGAAAUUCGACAUUGCCUUUUUAGGAGCUCCAUUUGAUACCGGCACUUCUUACAGACCCGGUGCUAGAUUUGGACCCAGCGGUAUUAGACAGGGCUCUCGUCGUCUUAAUCUAUACGGUGGCUACAAUGUACCAUUGCAGUCGAAUCCGUUCACCAGCGAUCUGAAAAUCUUGGACUGCGGAGAUGUUCCUGUGACCUCAUAUGACAAUGCCUGGGCAAUCCAGCAAAUCGAACAAGGACACAACAGCAUCCUGAUGCGCAAGCCUUUCACCGAUGCCCACGAGCGCGGUCUCUCCAAAGCUGGCAAGACCCUUCCUCGAGUCAUCACCAUGGGAGGAGAUCACACCAUCACUCUGCCUUUGCUGCGCAGCAUCAAUAAGGCUUAUGGGCCUGUGACUGUUGUUCACUUUGAUAGCCACCUCGACUCUUGGAAACCAAAGGUUUUUGGAGGAUCUCCUAGCGAAGUUGCUUCAGUCAACCACGGUACCUACUUCUACCACGCAGCAAUGGAGGGUCUUCUGAGGAAUGAUACAAACAUCCAUGCUGGUAUUCGUACUACGCUUUCCGGUCCUUCUGACUACGAGAAUGAUGGAUAUUGUGGAUUUGAGAUUGUGGAAGCGAGGGAAAUUGAUACCAUCGGAAUCGAUGGCAUUAUCAAGAAGAUCAGAGACAGAGUCGGCACCGAAAACCCUGUCUACCUGUCAAUUGACAUUGAUACACUGGACCCAGCAUUCGCCCCCGGUACCGGUACACCAGAGACUGGAGGCUGGUCUACUCGUGAGUUGCGGACGAUCAUCCGCGGCCUUGAUGGCCUGAACUUCAUCGGUGCGGAUAUUGUCGAAGUCGCACCUGCUUAUGACACUAAUGCAGAGCUUUCUACCAUGGCUGCUGCGGACGUUCUUUACGAGAUCCUUACUAUGAUGGUCAAGAUGGGACCAUUGUCUAUCCCUCGCUCUGAGUUGUAG